UAAAUGCUCUAAAAAUUAUAAUUGUGAAAACAUGAAAAAGCUCUAUGCAAAAGCAUCAUUCAAAAGUAAAAAGCCCAGUCACAAACAUGCCAGCCAGGAUGUCCCCGAUGGUGGCAUAUACAUAAGCCAACCGCAACAUGGUCCAAUUAUACUUGCUUAUCAAAGCAGUCCCACACAGCAACAGCAACAACAUCCUGUUGAUAUGGAUAUGAGCACAACAACAAUGCGCAAAUUACAUAAAAGGCCUACCAUUGCCGGUGCACUGCCGCCUGCUCCGAACGCCGCAGUUGUCAAUAAUGAAGAUGAAUCAUUUUUCCCACUACCACCGUCGCGCACAUCCUCCUCUGGACCGUCGCUAUCCGCGAGCAAUCCCUCCAUCGUUUGUCCCUUUCAGCCAGACGAUGCGCACUACUAUUGCUCCAUACAGGAACUGCAACAGCUUAAUAUGCUUGAUCAUCGCCACCCGUAUUUUCAUCGUCAUCAGCAGCAUCAAUUGCUGAGCCCAUCCAAUUCAGCAGCAGUGGCAGCCGUAGCCGCAGCAACAACAUCCGCCUCGGCCGUUUCAUACUAUGAGCAUAAUAAACUAGUAUUGCAGCUUCCCAUGGCUACAACAAAGGCAAUGCCUGAUGCAUCGACAACACCAAUAACAACUUCAACUUCGCCUAUCUAUGAAGCACCACAAAUGAUCAACAAUGUAAAUGUCAACGGCGGCGCGCGUUCACUAGACUACGACUACAAUUGCCAUCCCCGUCGUUCCUUACGCUCAACCUUUGCUGCUGGUGGCAAUGAUGGUCAUAUUUUGGAUGACGAUGACCAUACUGAUUUUGUGGCAGCCGACAAGGGUAAAACUGCCGGCUUUGGUGCUUUGCCUAUUGUUGAAGCAGCGACAAGUACUAGACUGCUGGGUUCGUCGCCUCCCAGCGACGCAUCCGCGUCGCCGCUUUCUUCCUCGUUGUCGUUCAAUAAUUUACGCAAAUUGCAACACACGCACUCGAUGCCAUCAAUUCGCAUGAAGAACGACAGGUCAGAGGGAGGCAAUGAUGGCGACGAUAACAGUGUCGGAUUGCAACAAUUGCAUCAAUAUAGGAUGCAACAACUACAACAAAGACAUAAUGAACAAUAUCACCCUCAACCAACGCGUCAUAAUUCGGUCAAAGCGGAUUUAAUUAGUAAUUGCCCAACAACAGGCAACGCUAGAAAUGUUGAACAAAGUAUUAUUGGCGCCCGCGCCUCCGUUAUGGUAUACGAUGAUAACCAGAAACGGUGGUUACCGUCAGGCACCUCAUCCGGUCUCAGUAAAGUGCAGAUCUAUCACCAUCAACAGAACAACACAUUUCGCAUUGUUGGCCGCAAACUUCAGGAUCACGAAGUGGUGAUCAAUUGUUCCAUACUGAAGGGGCUCAAGUACAAUCAAGCCACGCCCACAUUUCAUCAAUGGCGUGAUUCGAAAUUUGUAUAUGGUUUGAACUUUUCCUCACAAAAUGAUGCGGAAGCAUUUGCCCGAGCAAUGGUGCACGCUUUGGAUGUGCUCAGCGGCCGAGUGGGUAACAAUCCCGUCAUGGGCGCUAUGGGUAUGGGCGGUCAACCUAUAAAUGGGAAUGGUUAUGAGGAGGAUAUGGGCUAUCGUACGAUGACUAGCGAGGAUGCGGCGAUUUUGCGACAGCAACAGCAAAUUACUGGACAAAUGACACCGUCUGCACAAACGCCAACUUCACAGACCAAUCAAAACAACAUACCACAGAGCCCACCGACACCGCAGGGACAUCAUCGCACCAGCAGAAAUUCCCUUAGCGCUCCAGCGGCUCCACAACCGCAGCAGAUGACAAUACCACAGCAACAGGCGCAGCCGACAUAUGGGCAGGCGGGGCAGUCGAACGGAUUGCAGCAACAGGCACAGAUACCGCCCGCUCCGGGCCAGCCACAGUACCACGCGCCACAGCAGAUGCAACAAGCUCCACAGGCUCCACAUGCCGUCUAUUCUGCACAACAGCUGGUAAAUACCGGCUAUCCGCCUCAAGCACAGUACCAGCCCAGCCACUUUAUGUUAUCUAAUUCUAAUCCGAACCUUAAUCUGCAUCAAUAUUCACAACAGCAACAGCCGCCUCCACAAUGUAUAUCGAGCGCGCCUCAGCCACCAAUGCCCCCACCGCAUCAGAAUGGUGUUGGUGGUGGAGGUGGCGGCAGCGGCGUCGGCGGACCAAUCUAUGUUUCUUCAUCGCAAUCGCAGCCAGCGCUGCCCACAUCCGUUAGCUCAAAUAGUGCCAUAUAUGGUGGCCAACCGAUUCAGAUGCAGCAUCAGCAACAACAACAACCAUCCCCAAGUGGAGUCAUGCAGAAUGGUGGGGGAGCUGCUGCACCUCCACCGCCUCCGCCACCACCGUUUGGGGCCGCUAGUGCUCCAGUUCCUCCAUUAAUGAGUGGUGGUGUACCUCCAGCACCAAUGCCACCACCGGCAACUAUAAAUCGUAGCGCACCACAAGCGCCUGCUGCGCCUCCUCCACCGCCGGCAACAGCUGCGGCGCCCCCACCACCUCCACCGCCACCAGCGGGAGGCGCGAUACCAUCCAAAAAGGAAGAUCCACAAGCCGAUCUCAUGGGCUCGCUGGCGGCUCAGUUGCAGCAGGCGAAGCUGAAGAAGAAUAAGCCCUCGGCGGCACCCACAGAGAACAGCGGAAGCAGCACCUCGAGCGGUGGCAGCGGUAAUUAUGGCACAAUCGGCCGCAGCUCGACAGGUAUGGCUUCCAUGAUGGAUGAAAUGGCUAAAACAUUGGCACGACGGCGCGCACAGGCUGAGAAGAAAGAGCCCGAAGCUGAGCCGGAAGUAAAGCAGCGUCCGUGGGAGAAGUCUAACACAUUGCCACACAAGCUGGGUUCCUCGUCAUCGAACACGAACUGCAAUGCUGCUUCAAACAAUACAUCGAACAGUGGUAGCGAAUCUCCGCGACCGAUGCGCAAACGUUUUGGCAGCGCCAGCGAAGAGACGAUACUUAAGCAGGUUAAUGGUGAUGGGCUGUCAUUGGCAUUAUCAAGCACUGAGCUGGACACACUAAAGGCUGAUAUACUGAAAGAGAUACGCUCUGAGAUUCAAAAGGUCAAACAAGAAAUUAUAGAAGUUAUAAAAUCCGAAUUCAAUAGAAGAUAAGAGCAGCAACAGUCUGGUACGAGCAGCGUUAGUAGCCGCCGAACGGUGAUCAAAAAAAUAUUUGUCGGUGAUAAAACGGAGUAGUAAGGUUACAAAAUAGGUGGAUGGUGUUAAAAUCCCUCGGCGACCUAUUUGUUUUAAUUUAUCUACAAACUGCAGAUAUAAAAAUGCAACUAACAUUCUUUUUUACAUAUUAAAUACGAACAUUUAAAUGGAAGCUAAAUACUUCCAUAAACAUGCAACAAAAAGAAAAUAAUAAUAAAAAAAAACUUGGUACGCAAGUUAUGAAAUUUUGGGAAUUACCAUUAUAUGUAGUAAUCUAGCGAUCAUAAAUCCGACAACAAUGGCAUUGAAAACACAACUGAAAACGAAUAAACAAUGAACUGAAUAUGUAUUGAAAAAUUUUAAAUGAUACAAAUUUAUUGUAGUAGUUAAAAAAUAACAGUGAAAAAGAAACCCCUAAAACACACUUGCUAAAAGUCCACGGUGUUCUCAUGCGUUAAUUUACAUACAUAUGCGCACACAGGCAUUUUUCUAUACGAACAAAAUGCAUGUCAGAUAUUUUUCACAUUGAACGAAAAAAAUACCAAUUGCAUAAAAUAUAUUCCGAAGGUAUAAAGAAGGAAUACACAUUUUCAAUAGGAAUGGAUUGCCAUAGUUCAAGUUACCAUCGCGCUGCGCAGGUGGAUACAGGCAAACGUUUCUAAUUUCGAAAAUAUCUUUCGAAGUUAACUCUUCGAGCAUAAAUUUAUAAUUUUUUUCGUAUUAGAUAAGAAGUAUUUCAAAGAUAUAAAAUAUUUAAAUGUAAUAUAUCGUUAAUCUAAAUACUAAAUUAAAAAAAAAAAACAAAUUUGGGAACAGAUCGUACGCUGUUUGCUGUAUUUAGGUAUAUUACAUUUGUUGUAAGCAUACAAUUUUAUUCUUAAACAAAAACUUUGACAAAGUAGUUUAAAUAUAUACAUACAUACACAGUUUUAGUAAAACACAUUUUUGGUUUUGUUUUGUUAUAAAUCGUACUUUACGGAAAACACUUUCAAAUAGGGAUCCAACCAAGUCCUUCGUACAAAAUUUACCGAAAUGUAUUAUUCCUGUAUAUUACUUCUCAUAAACCGAAAUAUGAAUAUUUUUCACAUCUAUAGUUCCUUAAUAUCUUCGCAGCAUCUUCAAUUUAAUUUAAUUUAAUUUAAAUUCAAAAUGUUUGAUUGUACUUCGAUAUGUGAAAAUUAAUUGCUGCAAAAAUCAUUACUUGCUUUUGAAAUUUUAAUUUUUUUUAAAUGAAGAAAAUACAUACAUACACCUGAAUGCAUACACAAAUUAAUUUAACAUAUGCACACAGCCAAAUUUCGUAUUAUACAUUUAUAUAUACAGAUGUGUGUCAAAUGUUUGUUUUGUAUACUUCUUUUUGUACACGUACACACCGCCUUGUGUGGGUUAUUUUUUAUCUAGCUUAUAUUUCUAUAUAUUCAUACAUAGUUAUAGGGUGAGUUAUGUGCAUUCGUGCGACCAUUCAUUAAUAUUGUCCCACAUAGAAAUAAACUCAAAAAUGUAAAGCAAAAACAAAAAAGUAUCAUAAAAACGAUUAUAUACAAGAAGAAGAGAACUGCUUUCUAAAUGUUACUAUUACUAUUAUAUAAUACACAAAAUAUGCUAAUAUUAUAUCAAAAGUGAAUAAAUAACAAUGAAAUCGUGCGUGAA